CCUAUUUUGAAGUAUUGUUCUUCAUGUUAUUUUAACAAAUCCACUGAUUUAUUUGAAACUAAUAAAAAAUCUUGUUUACUAUGCUUAAAUCGGUUAAAUGAAGGAUAUAAAAGAAAGCGUGAAGAACAAUAUGUGGAUGAUAUUUAUGAUAUGCAGGAGAAGGCUAUUGAGCCAGAGGAAGUUGAAGAUAUUGUUUAUCAAGAAUCUAUGGAUGUUGAAGAAGGUGGACAACAAAUCAGUGUUUCAAAUGAAGUUAAAAAAUAUAUUCAAGCGAAUUUAUCAUUUUUUGCAUCUGAAUUGUAUAGGCAGAUUACUAAGGAAAAAAUGGAUGGUUAUGAAUUAUUAACAGUUAAACAAGUUUAUUACUGGUGGACCCAGUAUAUUAUUACAAAAUAUAAAUGUGUGGAUAAUCAAAUUGAAUUAGCAAAAUUAUUUUUAAGAGAAAAAAAUUAUGAAAUUAUUUUAGAGUUUGACAAUCCG